AGUGGUCUGCUGACUCGCCGCCCUCCUCAACCCCAACGGAUCGAAUUGGACACAUUGCACAAAGAGGACGAAGGAACAAAUUGCUCUCAAAAACCAAUUGGGUUUUGGUUUUGCUGUUUCUGUUGAGCAGGAUUCCUUAUUUUUCUCUUGUAUGUCGACUGAGUGACAAGUCUGUGUAGAAUGCGCCGACUGAAUAGUGGGAGCUAUUCCAAUGUCGCCAGCCCUCUUUUGGGUCUUUAGCUUUAGGUGGCCCGACGGAUGCCCCUCCUGGGAUGGACGCGGAGAAACUAUCAAGCAAACAUCCAGACACAGACAGACAGACAGACAAACAAACAAACGAACAAACAAACAAACAAACAAAACGAUGCCAUGGAUGGGUAAUCAAAAAAUGCUCCACAAAUGCUGCUGCGACUAUAAAAUGGGCAGCUCCUUUUUCGACUCGAGAGAAAUAUUUCCUCAUCACUCCUCUCUCUCGCGCGGAUUCUCUCUGUCUCUGUCUCUGCCUCUGCCUCUGUCUUUCUCUCUCUCUCUUUCUCUCUCUCUCUCCCUCUCUCUCUCUCCCUCUCUCCCUCUCUCCCUCUCUUUGUCUCAAACACCCCCCUCUCCUUUGACACACCCAAGUCACCCCUCGCACGUCCUCAACAGCCCCAUAUCCCUCCUUCUCUCAUAUCCUCAUCACCAUGACCACCAACACAACCACAACCCCCGCUGGAAAGAGCCGUCGUCUCUCCCUCGUCCGCCUCUUCAACAGCAAGGCAAAGGCCACCGGCACUGCCGAGUCCAUCGAGUCCUCAGACGGAAGCACCCCCUCAGUCCCCUCCGUCCCUGCCCACUAUCGCCAUUCAAUGGCCCCAUCCAUGGAUGCUAUUCAGAGCCAGAUCAUGCGCGAGCGCCGCAAGUCCAUUGCUGCCGUCACCGACGCUUCGAGCCGAUCCGUCAGCCUCGAUAUGAAGCACCCGGUCGAGAUGACUGACAAGAUGCGCCAGUUCGACGAGCUCCUCCAGAAGCGCCGCGGUAGCACAAUCCG